UUUGGCAUAGGGUUAAUAAAUCUUACAUGAGCUAAACUUUCUAUUGCAUAUAUUCCAAUACAGUGGUGGUUGAUGGAGCAAACGAUAUGGGGUCAUUUGCCGGUGCUGAUGAGGGCAAAUUCCAAAGAAUCUAUCGAAUACGUUCUUCAAGCCCUUUGGAGAACUCGAAAAACUGGUCUUGGCACUUCUGAUCGAUGCAUCAUCCAAGACAUGCUUCAACUACACAAUGAAUCUGAUCUCGACCCACUUCUGGUUUGCCUCCGAAUGUUAAUCAGGAGGUGUGUUUAUGAGAAUACUUCAAAGGAGGAUAUUCCAAAGCUGUUUCCUGAUGAAGUUCUGCCUGAAUUGCAAAAAUUGUUGACACUUCUGUUGCAGAAGUUUCAGCGACAGUGGCAAGAAGAUGUGAUGAAAGAUCAAAAUAUUGUGCCUAGAUUAAAGGCGAUGACAUGGAAUAUGGCAAAUCUGGAGAAAGGAUCAGCAGACCCUGCAGCGGUUAUUGAUUUGAAGCUUCAAAAUGAUGCUCCAUUUCAGUUGGGAGUUCAAGAUGUAAAGUUCCAGUUGGCUACAGAUUCUAUAGAUAUGAUGCUGAAAGCCAUGCACUGUAUUAGAGACCAGUUUUCUACCAUGGAUGAGGCACUAAAUGGGCAUUAGCACCGGUAAACCAAAGGAAUUUCUUAGAAGUUAUUUUUACAAGGAAUGAGGUUAAAUUGGCUCUAUGGUGGAGCUCAACUGAAAACAUGAGAUUCUGAAUACAUAAUGUUAAUGUAAUUUAGAUUCUCAAUUCUCAGAGGCUGAGCCUUGGCGUAAUGGUAAGGUUUACUGCCUUGUGAGUGCCUAGAUACUGGAAACAGCCUCUCUGCUUUGGUUGAUAAGACUGCUACCAACCUCUGUACCAUAUGGAUACCUAAGCCAUUGCGCCAUCCAUUUUGGUAUUUUGUUCACAAUUCUCUAAUUUGUCACUCUUGUAUAUUUGAUAGCUCUAAGAACAAUGUCUGAAAUAGUGAAAUACAAAGCUGAUGGUAGAAUUUAGCAGUUCCCUUUUCCUAGUGAGAAACUCCUUUGGUUGUGGAUGUGACAACCUCGUACAUAACUUCCUGCGAGUCAGUUUUUUUUUUCUCGUUUUCCCUUUGCAUUCUCAAGUUGUAAACAUGAAUAAGAUCUUUAGAUUCCCUUUAUGGAUUA